AUGGAAAGAUCCAUGCUGGGAAUCAGCCUGCGCGACAAAAUACGCAAUACAGAAAUAAGGAGGAAGACGAAGGUAAAAGACAUGAUCGAGCACGUAGCUGAACUUAAGUGGCAAUGGGCUGGACAUGUGGCAAGGCAGAACACUAAAGUGGACAAUACGCCUACGGCUGCCACGAUUAACAAAAAGAAGUAUCGGAAAACCCCAAAAGAGAUGGCUAGACGACAUCAAGCGGUCGUUGUGCAGAAACUGGCACCACCUAGCCCUAGAGAGGGACACAUGGAGAAAUUUGGAAGAGGCUUAUAUCCAGCAGUGGAUAAAUAA